AAAGAGAGUAUCCUCUUGCUUACUAAUUUAGAACCCGAACCAAAGGGGAUGUCGAAGAGUACUAUUUCUCCUUUGGAAAGCAAGUCAUGGAGAAAAUUACCGAAAUUUCAACGACGAUUCUACGAAUGGCUUGUCUACUCUCACAAUCUUCCUAUCGCUGGCGAGGAAGACGGUAGAUGUGCAGGUAAUCUUCGACAACAGCCUGCUCCAAUUUCAGUCUUUCAGUCAGAGACUUACAGUGACUACAGACGUGGAGAGGAAGCUGACUCCUUAAUCAAUGCCUAUGAUGAGGAAGAUGAGGAAAUUCAUGACCAACAGAGGGGUCCAAUGCCUCAUCCCUCUUUCCAAGAAGUUGGAGAAAAAGAUGCCUACUCACCAUACGUCAGUGGAAUGGAUGUUAGACUGGCUCAAUUCGUUAAUCAGCACAACAUUAAUAUGGACGAUGGAGCUGUUGUCUAUCCCGUGUCCAAUCAGAAUACCACAAAGAGCAAGAAGAAGCCAUUCACUCCGCCUUGCGGUUGCUCCCGGAAACAAUUCAUUUGGGCCGUUAGUGGCACCACGGUGGGGCUCGUGGCGCUGAUUGCUCUAAUUGUCACAUUGGUUUUGAUCUUUGGUCGCGUUCAGCCUUUCAAAUUUCCCGAGGCCGAGCCAUGGUGGACCCACGGUUUGCUCUAUCAAAUUCAUGUACCAACUUUUGCCAACGAUGCUGGUGGCUCACUUGGCCGAUUCAAGGAUGUCACCUCAAGAAUCGUCUACCUCGCAGAUAGGGCAGAGGAAAGAAUGAAUUUCGAAAUUCUCAAACGUAUGACUCAUUCUUGUCCUCUAAAGGUCUACGCCACGGCGGCCAUUCUGACGGGCGUUUUAGACGCGGACAAAAAUGGCGUUAAAAAUUGGAUGUCAAUAAACCAGGAUAUCAAUAGUGAGGGGGACGCGGUGGACACUUUGCUGGGAGGGCUGAAAGCCCGGUCAAGAGAAAGUGGAAUUGAGCUCAUUCUUGGAAUGCCACUUUAUGCGACCAGUGAACGACAUGCUUGGUUCCAGCAGAGUGCACUCCAAGAUCCACCAAAAUAUGUGAACUAUUAUUUGUGGAGAACGGAAGCCCCAGUUAACCAAAUUGAGGCCCGAUACUAUUCAUAUAACAGCGAGAGAAGAGCUUUUUAUCGACAUGUUCAUGGGAAUCCCGGCUCUCCUCUACUCAAUCUCAGUGACAUUGAAGUUCAGACCGAGCUGAAGGCUGUUUUAGCAUUUUGGAAGGAAGAGCUCGGUAUUAGUGGAGUAUUAAUUACAAAUUCCUCAAAUAUUCUUGAAGAAAUGGCUGCUCCAUUGACAACCAUUUUAUCCUCAGCACGUGAUGAAAAUACGGAUACAUUUACUUGGUUUGCUGAUAACACCGCGGCCGAUAAACUUCUUACAGGAAAGCCUCUUUGUUACUAUGAUCUUAUUAGCAACGAACGCAUAACUACCCGAACGGGCGACAUUACUGCCCAGAUAAAUACAAUUCUUCCCGAGAUCAAACAGCGGUCCUGCUCCCCUGUUUGGAGACUUGAACAAAAGUCCAUGGAUUACACCGAUUAUUUUUCCCUCCAAAAAUUUACAGCAUUCCUUCCUGGUCUCAGUCUAAUGAAAGCUGGUGAAGAAGUUCAGCUCAUGACAGGAGCAACUGAGCUCAUCCAAUGGGGGUACACGGAUGUAACUGAUUUCAAAAGUUACUGGCCCAAUAACGUGCUACCUGGCGAAACCGCUCAAGGUCGUUUAGGGGAAUGGGAACGAUUUGGUGCGAAAACUGUAGGUUCUACUGGAACCAUCUUCAACACUGGCUGGUCAACUAACGAAGUAAAAGUGGCAACAAUUCCUCGGACUGAGAAUCUCUUCGUCGCUCAACGUGUCUAUUCUCCAAACGCGGCUCAUAUUGCUACAUUCUUUGUGAGCUUUCAGUCUUUAAAUGCGUACACAAAUUUGGCAGACGUUGUACCAAAUUCUGAUGGUUCCACAUACGCGGAGCUGAUCUAUGAGGGAAGACGCCUUUCUUCAGGAAACCAACUUGAACUCACUUGGGUCUACUUGGUCAAUAAUGACGGGUUUUGUUUGGAGCAGUACUAUAUUGCAAAUAUUUAUUUUUCAAUGAAUAUGCGUCCCUCAGAUUGUUAUAGUAGUUUGGCUGGUCCACCAGCACCUUACGGAAAUCCUUCAAGUGGCAAUCCAAAUUUUUCCUCACAGAGUUCUAACCAAAUCCCUACUCAGCUUCCAUACAAUCCUGCACUAUUUUUUAACACAAUGGUCGCUGCUGCUGCUAAUAGCUUAGCCUUACCAAAUAUGAUGGGUCAGAGUGCUCCAAAUGUAGCCGCAUAUAACGCAGCCUAUCAAAACGCGGCGUAUAAUCAGUAUUACUAUCAACAACAGUACGGCAGCUCCAAUUUACAACGACAAAAUUCUGCUUUCCAACCGACUGUCAAUUAUUGUGGCCCUCAGUAUCAGGCAACUACGAAGGAAGCAACUUCAACUCCCUCACGUAAGACUAAGAAGCGUCCACCAUCCGAACCGCCAGAGAAACUGGACUUGAGAAGACGUGAAGAUUUCAACGAACUGGCUCGAGCAAGAACAGAUGUUCUCCUUAAAGACAAAUCUCUAUUUACUCCACUGACCGUAAAUGAUUCAAUGGCGAACGGGUCGUCGACGUCGUCUUGUAAUUCACUAAAUAGUGAUCAAAUGUCCGCCUCAAAGGCCCUUGCCGUGCAGAAUGGAGAACUCCUUAAUGCCCUUCUUGAUGAAAGAGUUCGACAAAUUUUGACGUUUCCAUCGAUAAUGGAAUCACUGAGAACUAAGCAAGCUGCAAUCAACAAGAAGAUGAGGGAAGAAGAGACCUUUAUUGCAAAAAUGAAAAAAUCCGGCACACUUCCUGUUUCAGUCGAUCCUGGUACUUUACUCAAUACUGCUACUGGUUAA